AUGCGCCCCAGCUACGGCCCAUUCCACAUUGCCUGUAUCUUGAUCGAGACGAUCUCUGUUUCGUUAUAUAUUCGGGCACUGAUCGGGAUCGCUCGAUCGAAGAAUAAUGUCUUUCAAGAUUCUCCAUUUUUCACAACGUUCUUAUCGAUUGGCGUCGCUGAUGUUGGCUCGAUUUUCGUGAAUGCUGCACUACGCCACUUGACCGUUUACAAGGUUGGACCGGCCGAGACCUGGGAAACAGUCUACCGUAUCGUCUACCUCCUCUCAGCCCUCUUUUUUUACUGUCACUUCCUGGGGCACUCGAUUCUGGCCCUGAAUCGUUUCACCUCUGUCGUAUUACCGGGAAGUCAUAAAGAGUUUUGGGAAUGCAACACCUACCGUCUGAUCUUUGGAAAGUGGAUGUUAGCGGUCGUUUUGAUACUGCAUAGGCUCACUGCCCGGUUGAGCUUUGCCAAGCGCGACGACGGGUAUUUUAUCGUAACCGGCUACCUGCCGAGCAGGACGCAUUUGCUUGCUCACAUGGUCUCCGGAACAACAUGCGGGGUUGUCUCCUUUGUAUCGCUAUUUCUAUCCGUCGCUACGAUUGUCAAGCUCUACCAUAGUUAUAAUCAGGUGAGCAUGUCACAAUCAACAAUCGAACGAAAUUUGAUCAUCUACACGGUGUUGACGUUUAUCUCGUGCUUGGCGAUGGAUUGGCAGCAGUUUGCCCGUGUCGCCGCUGUUCUCCGGACGGACGAGAAACAAAUCGUUUGGGUGAACGAGCAAUAUUUCUGGAUUAACGAUAUCUUAGCGGCAAAAUGGGCCGAUUCUCUUCCACCUCAUCGUACAGCUUCUGCCAACCUGGCUACCGUGACCAACAUCCACUCGAAGCGCAGCCAGUGGAACGUCAAUACAGCGAUGUUCAACAACCCAUGGGCCGUGGAUAGGCCUCAGCUGGAGUCCCGGGCGGAGCGUCUAUUUUCUCAAGCUACCGUUUACUACCGUAGGUAUCCGGAG